UUUCUCACCAUCCUGCUGGCCACCCGGACCCAUGUGCUCCCAGAGCGCGCUGGGCGCUCAACACUCGGAGCGAUUGUCCCUGUGCGCUCGGUCUCUUCCAGGCACCCGAUUCCAGCGGGAGGCGGUGACUGGCGGCGGGGCUUCUCGCUCCGGCAACGGUGGCGACCGCGGCGGCGGCUUCCGGAGUCCCGCCGCGAAGAUGCUCAAAGUCACGGUGCCCUCGUGCUCCUCCUCGUCCUGCUCUUCGGUCACCGCCAGUGUGGCCCCGGGGGCCGGGAGCCUCAUCCCGGAUUACUGGAUCGACGGCUCCAACAGGGAUGCUUUGAGCGAUUUCUUCGAGGUGGAGUCGGAGCUGGGACGGGGUGCUACAUCCAUUGUAUACAGAUGCAAACAGAAGGGGACCCAGAAGCCUUAUGCUCUCAAAGUGUUAAAGAAAACAGUGGACAAAAAAAUCGUAAGAACUGAGAUAGGAGUUCUUCUUCGCCUCUCACAUCCAAACAUUAUAAAACUUAAAGAGAUAUUUGAAACCCCUACAGAAAUCAGUCUGGUCCUAGAACUCGUCACAGGGGGAGAGCUGUUUGACAGGAUUGUGGAAAAGGGAUAUUACAGUGAACGAGAUGCUGCAGAUGCUGUCAAACAAAUCCUGGAGGCAGUUGCUUACCUACAUGAAAAUGGGAUUGUCCAUCGUGAUCUCAAACCAGAGAACCUUCUCUAUGCAACUCCAGCCCCAGAUGCACCACUCAAAAUUGCUGAUUUUGGGCUCUCUAAAAUCGUGGAACAUCAAGUGCUCAUGAAGACAGUAUGUGGAACCCCAGGGUACUGCGCACCUGAAAUUCUUAGAGGCUGUGCCUAUGGACCUGAGGUGGACAUGUGGUCUGUAGGAAUAAUCACCUACAUCUUACUUUGUGGAUUUGAACCAUUCUAUGAUGAAAGAGGCGAUCAGUUCAUGUUUAGGAGAAUUCUGAACUGUGAAUAUUACUUUAUCUCCCCCUGGUGGGAUGAAGUAUCUCUAAAUGCCAAGGAUUUGGUCAGAAAAUUAAUUGUGUUGGAUCCUAAGAAAAGGCUGACUACCUUCCAAGCCCUCCAGCACCCGUGGGUCACAGGUAAAGCAGCCAAUUUUGUACACAUGGAUACAGCUCAAAAGAAGCUCCAAGAAUUCAAUGCCCGGCGCAAGCUCAAGGCAGCAGUAAAGGCCGUGGUGGCCUCUUCCCGGUUGGGAAGCGCCAGCAGCAGCCAUGGCAGCAUCCAGGAGAGCCAGAAGGCCAGCCGAGAGCCAUCUCCAACACAAGAUGGCAAUGAAGAUGUUAAAGCUAUUCCGGAAGGAGUGAAAAUUCAAGGAGAUGGGGCCCAAGUGGCAGUUGAGGGGGCAGAGGCUGAGCUGAUGAAGGUGCAGGCCAUAGAGAAAGUUAAAGAUGCUGAAAUAAAUGUUGCUGAGGCCACCAAGAUGGUGCCCGAGGCAUUAGAGGAUGGGAUAAAGGAGGCUGACCCAGAAAUAGAGGAGGGCCUAGUGGAGGAAAAGCUGAAGACUGUUGAGGAAGCAGCAGCCCCCAAAGAAGGGCAAGAAAACCCUGCUCUGGAAUUUGGAGCUCAGCAGAAUGAUGUGAUCCUGCCAGAGUACUAAAUGGCUUCCUUCCAUCUGGGAGCCAAAUCCUGGCACUUUAUGCAUUUUGUCCUUCAGCAAGGAAGGUGGGGAAGCAUGAUAUGCACUAUAGUGAUUCUGUUUUUAAGGUGCAAAAAAAUACAUAUAUAUCAGUUGGUAAUCCUAACUUCAAUGCAUGUGACUGCUUUAUGAAAAAAUAGUGUCUUCUAUGGUCUGUAAUGGAUACCAAAUACCUACUGAUGAAUUAAAUUUGAAAUUGCAAGUAAACACAACAUAACAUUUAAAAACAUACAUUUUCAGGGACCAGUAGCACACAUUUGAAGUAAAUAGUAACAAAUUGUUUUUGCUUUGAAAACCUAGCCAGCCUACACCCUUUGGAUUUCUUUACAAGGACUGUUGCCCAGCUAAUACUAGGUAGAGCUAUAAGAUGUAUUCCCAUGACAUUCACAGUCUUUUCAGUAAUGUGUUCAAACUGUUUACAAGAAGAUGGUUAGGUUAUAGUUGUAUGGUAUGUGCAAAAAAAAAAAAAUCCACUUAUAAUGGUAAGAAGCUGAAGCAUGCUUUAAGGGCUAUGAAACCAUAUGCCCCAAAGCUUGUGUGCAGAAUGUUUUUUUAUCUUGUCUUUAUUUAUACACACCAUAUUACUAAUAACCAAAAACAUUCUAUUACAAAUUCCUGCCAUUUUACGGUCCUAAAAAAAUUAUUUUACAGACUCACGCUGAGGAAUUUAUUCUUUCCUUCACCUGCUCUCUAACAAGAAGUCCUUCUGAUGGACAACACUUAGGGGUGGAAUAAAGAAAUUUAGUGAAGAAAAGGAGAUAAGACUGGGACUUAGACUAAUAAAGACUGACUCCUUGUCAUCUUUCAGAUAAAAUUGAAUUUAUUCACAAGCUUGUACAAUUUUAAAGAUAGGAACACUUUUAUGGAUAAACUCUAUACUUAACCAAGGUUCAGAUAUUUAGAAAAGUCUACACCAAAGGCUGGUGCCAAAAUGUCUGAAUAGAGUGGGAAUAAUAUCCCAUUGUAAGAUCAUCCAUUAUUGACUUUAGUAUAGUAAGGAAACCUUUGUUUUUAUAAAAGUCCUUUUUUUCCUUCAACUGAUGGUUAUUUAGAUAUAUGGCUUAUGGACUAAAGAUAUUUCUGAAAAGCUAGUAUAUCUUUUUCUCAUACUUGGAAUGGAAGCACCCAUAAUUUACAAUGUAUUUUUGAAAGUUUCCAUGUCCAGAAAUGUAGGACAAUGCAGCUUUUAAUUUACUUUAGUAAACAAAAACAAAAAGAAACAAUGAAAAAAACACUGAUUUCAUAUCAGACUCUUGAGAAGCUGUAACAUUAGACCUAAUACAUUACCAUGAUUUUUUUCAAAAUAUUUUUCUUUGGUUUUCAUAUAAACACUUUUCCCUUAUAAAAAUCACAGUUAAAUUCCAAAUACCUCAGAUUUAUUUCUAGCUUGAGCUUAAAUGAACAUUUUUAUCAAAUUAAUUAUGCAGCUUAUUUUAGUAGGUUUCCUUAAUUUUAAAAAAGGAUUAUUUUCAGGCCAAAAUUAUGGAUAAAAAUGACUAUCACAUAAAAAUCCUCCUCAAAAAUAGAGAUCUUAAAUUUUUGGGGCUCUUCCUCAGAAAUAGUAAAUUAGAAAAUUAAAUUAAACCUCUGGUUUCUGGGGACUAUUCGACCUAGGAGACAUUCUGCUUUCCAAGUGCAAAUCUUCCUUUAACUACUGUUCUCAUGAGAAGAAAAUAAGGUAGAACUUCUUGUCUUCCAUAAUAUAGGGGCCUGACAGAUCACUGAGGUGGAGGAAAAAGCCCUUAAGGGCAUAUCAUCUGGACUCAGAGAAAGAUUUUUUGUUUCAUUUUAUCUUUAUUAAUUAGUAGAGAGUACUUAUCUUCUUCUCUUCUGUUUCCCUCCUUCUUUAUUCUCUCAGAAUUUCCAUUUUAGCUAUUAUGAGGGGCUCGCUAGUUUCAAACUUUAAGAAUGCCUUCUUCCCCAAGCAUUAAGAUUUCUAUUUUAAAAGACCAAUUGCCUGGUAUACUUUUCCCAAAGAGACUUAACAGGUGUAUAUGGUGAGGCAUAUAUGGUAAGUGUCCCAUAUAUUGGAAAAGGGAAGAAGAGAGGGAAAGGAAUCUUAAUGGAAAGUGGCAAUACUAAUAGGAAGAUGAGAACACAUUGUCCCUCCCAGCCCACUUCCAUAUUGUUCCAAGGGCAGUGGUUAUAUCAUCCCAACAUUCAGGGCUGACUGCAGUGGUUGGACCUGCGGACUGUGUAGUGUGAAGAGCACUGCAAAUGCCAAGGCCAGUGUGUGCUUAAGAAUUUACCCAUUUAAGUGAGUACACAUGCCUAUUCCCUGUGAGGGUGUGAGCGUAAUUUCCUCUUUUUUAACCCGUAAAUUGCACUCUCUAAAAAUCAGCAGGAGUUUUAAAUUUUGACUUGUAUGUUAAAGAUUAAGUCCUGAUAAUGCCUAAGUGACUGAGUUAGUCAUUUCAGUGGAAAACAAGUCAAAGCUUCACAAAAAUCGGGCAUUUCAGCCAAAUGAUUCAACCUAGGGUUUCACAGAGAUGCUAUUUAAGUUAGGAUAGUUAAAUUAACAUUUUUGAAAAAACAGUAAACAUUUAUAUUGCUUGUUAAAAUGGAUAUAUUGUCUAUCUCAAAGAUUACUUAUUUAUAAUAAUAGACUAAUGCAGAUAGAACCUUAAUUUGAUGAACUAUUUCAUAAUGUUUCCUUUAAUUGACACUAUAGUCACAAAGCAAAUAAGGGAAUUUCAGCAAACAAUACAUUUUGCAUUUUAGAGAUGACAGUUAUUACAUUAUUGAUUUUUGUUCUCAGAUAAGUUCAGAUACAUAGGAUAAACCAGACUAUUUUGCCAUAGAGAAGGACAAUCUUGAAUUAUUUCUCCCAUUUAAAAAGUCUAAUUGGAAUCCCAGUGGUUUUUCUCAAACCGUAAGAGCUCAUUUGUGCCAUGAACACAUAAAUAAGGUAGAAAUUAGAAUAAUAUGGUUGUAGAAGUUAUAGUCUAGAACAAGUGCUGCCUAAUAUAGAUGAUACAAACCACAUAUGUAAUUUUAAAUUUUCUCCUAGCCACAUUUUAAAAAGAAAAAAAAAAGCUGGUAAAAUUAACUAUAUUUUAAUCCAAUAUAUCCAUACUAUUAUUCCAAUACAUAAUCAAUAUGAAAAAUUAACAAGACCUUUUAAAUUUUUUAUUUUUGUACUAAGUUUUCAAAAGAAGGAUUAUGUUACACCUUUAGUACAUCAAGUGCUCAACAGCCACAUGUGACUAGUGGCUACAGUGGUACUAGAAGAGCGCUGGUCUAGAGCACUUUCAAAGCAAAAUGACAGACAAAUUUCUAUGCUUAGAUUUGAGCUGCCUCAGUUUUCUACACUGAUGAGUUGGUAGGAGGCCAAAAAGAAAAUGUUUCAGAAAUGUCAUAGACUGAAAUGAGUAAAAACUCUGUUGGCCACGUCUACUUAUUCGUGUGCUUCAGAGGAGAAGUGUUUCCCAGCAUGACUGUUAGAGAACGUUCCUGGGCAUUGGCAAGUUGUCCGUUGGCUACAGUUCCUCUCUUUGGGCCCUGGAAUCUUGACUACAGGCUAGCGUCUCCUGAGUACUGCCAUGAAGCCAAUCGUGUUCUCACAUACCAAAAUCUUCUGUGGGCGAACCAUGUGUCCUCAUUCAGGAAGGGCUGCACACAGAAUCUUAGUGGGAUUUCGUAGGCCUGGCCACCAACAAGGCUGGACACCAUCCUUGUAUUGCAGGCAAUAUUGUUUAUAGAAAUCUUCUGAAAUAUACCAAAUUUGCAUGAUAAAGACUGUAUGAUGAGGAUGAUAUCACCCCAGUUAUCCCUAAAAUGAGAAUAUGACCAUCCGCUGGCAUUUUUUAUAUUUCCUUAGAAGAGUUUAAUCAACUCUGCCAUUACACAUGGAUUCAAAAGACUUUUUGGAAUUUUCUUACAUAUUGCUAUUUUAGAAUAAACCUCAAGGUUCUAUAGCCAUUUUUAGUGGCAGACUUUAAAAGAACAGUUUGCCUUUUACUGUUACCUCAAUUACAUAGUAUUUUAAACAUAUUUUGUAAUUUAGAAUGUUUAGCAAUCCCUAUUUCCAGUUGCACAUGAAAGGUAACUGCUUGAAGAUUGCCUAUCGACUGAAAAUUUAGAGAAAGCCAUUUUGUUUCAUAAUUCAGUUGUUUCACAGAAGCAUCUGGUUGCAUUUCAAAUCGGAAAAUAAAAGAAGUAAAUGCCAAAAAAGGCAAAGGAUAAAAUCAGUAAAUCAUUUAUUCUGUUUUAGGAUUGUCUUUGCAAAGCAAAUGCAAAAACAAGUCAAAAAAGUGAAUCAGCACUAGGUUUUUCUUGAUGAGGCUGACUCCACAUAAAUUGACAUAAAUAUACUGAGAAGAGUCAAUUACAUAAUUACAGUGCCAUUAUGUAAUUUACUUGUCAUUGCAGAGUAUUCAGUCUGGUUAUCUAGGUCUACUUUAGCUGGUGCAAACUUUUCCGACAUCUACUUACAUAAUAGGAUUUGUAAUAUCCUUGUAAUUACUGCCUAUUAGGUCAUAUUUAAAUUUCCUUAAUGUUCAGCACUGAUAUGUCUCUGAUCAAGGUCGUUGCUAACAUUUAAGCAUUUACUGGUUAAAUACUGCUUACUGGUUAGACUCUAUGUGUGUCUUCACUGUUGUUUUUUUUAACAUUUAUGCACGUAUAAUCUCAAUAUUGGUAUAAUAUUCAUAACCACAUGUUAAGCAGAAAUGUAACCAAUAAUUUUCUAUAAAACUUUUUCAAAGUUCUUUUCUUCCCCUGGCACAACUCAGGGUGAGUUUCUGGCUCCUUGACAAAUAGAAGAACCUAAAAGAUCACUGGAGAGAGAUCAGCUAUCCACCCAUAGUAACCAAGCUCAGCAUUUCUUCUUUCUAUAUCCUGAUCUGUUAAGGGCCAGUUUUUGUCAUCAUUACUUUCAAAUAUCACCUGAGAUCAGAUAAUAUAGUCUCAGCUCACAUAGCCCAACCAUUUAUAUACUUUUCUUGGAGAGCAAUAACAAACUUGACUAAUUUAUGUUUGCUUGUUUAAAAUUCUAAUUUUCACACACUCUCUGUGGUGUACUCUAGAGGCUUUGAUUGUGUGAUUUAACUUCCUUCAAGAUUCAGUCUUUUCUCUGUCACCUGGCCCAGAGGUCUACCUAGGACAAGGAGGAAGCCUUGCCAUGAGAGUGGACCAUGUGAGUCCUUGACAGGAAUCAGACAUUGCUCUAGUGAAGACUCAAGGCAUCUGUCUUGGUUGAGCUCAAAUGAGCCAAAUGGGAAACACCUCUUCCAGUGAUACUGUUUGAAUAUCGGUACAGUGCCAUUAGUCAGUAAUGGAAAAUGAGAUUUCACCAAUCAUUUGCUCUUCCCAUGACUUGGUUUGCUACCACUUAUCCCAGAUCAAUGUUUUCUUCCAUCCCUAUGGCCAUCAAGCUGCCCUCUCGAAUUUUGAAGUCCUCUAAAAUCCUGGAAGGAGUAUCCCAGACUGGUCGAAGAAAUAUGGAGUCUUUGGUGGCCCAGAAUUUAGUUUGAAACUCUAAACAGCAAUGCUAAGACAGCAAAAUCAUACUGUUCUUCUUAACUAGUUGCUUUCAGCACAUUUUGAAAACUGACCUGGAAUACCCAUGGGUAUGGGAUAUUUGUAUCUGCGCAGCCUUUUCUGUGAUUCAGUGUGUUAAAAAUGACAGAUAGUUAAUCUUUAGUCAGAUUAUAUAAUAUUUAUUUUCCAUUUAAAAGAUUAUUUUGGGCUACUCAAAUAUAACAGGCUUCAUAUUAGAAUUUUUGAAAGCUGUUGUUUUCCCUAAGCACUCUCUCACUCUGACAAUCAGUUGUGGAUGAUAAAAAUUUACUAAGUUUGUCCUUUCUUUGUCCUUUCCUUGAUACAUGUAUGGUAGUUAAUCUGGUUUGUAAAGGAUACAAGUAAGAAUGACUAUAAAGUGACAACUGUCAUCUCAUAACUGCCUGCUUUUAACUUGACCUAUUUUUAUAGCCUAUCAUGUAGCUAAUAUACAGUAGCAUACAAAUAGCAUAUUCAUGAGUAUGAUUUUUAUUGUCAAGAUUAUUUCAGAAGUUCCCAAAAUGUUUAUAUUCAUGCACCCUUAAUUUCAGUAAUAUUUUCAUGACCCCCACCUACCAAGCCAAAAGAAUUACCUAACAUGCCCAUUUUUUAAGUAGUUAGGUCCAAACAACAUAAUAGUAGUAGUGCAUUCCAUGUCUGACUGAUGUUGCUGUGUGUUUCCCUUGACAUGUUAAAAUGUCCUCUGAGUUUACUGAGUGGGAACAGCAGACAGGUGACAGACAAAAGGGAUUAUUAGUAAACAAGUUAGGGGCUAACGUUUAUACUCAUUUGAAUGACAAUCAUUCUUUUAUCUAUGGUCUUUGUGAUAUACACAUAAAAUUUACAAGUGCAUUUUUAAAAAGUAAUUUCCACAUAACUACCCAAGGAAAUAAAGUUAAAUCUCCAAAGAUCAGUUUUCAAGAGUCAGGCAAACUAUAGGUCACGGACCAAAUCCAUCAGAGCGCUGUUUUAUAAAGUUUUAUCAGAACACAACCAUGCUCAUUUAUUUAUACAUUGGCUAUGGCUGCUUUCAUGCUACUAGGACAGAGUGGAGUCGUUUCAACAGAGACUGUAUGGCCCAGAAAAGCCUAAAAUGUUUAUCUGGCCUUUUACAGAAAAUAAUUGAUGACCCUGGUUUUUCAUGGCACCCUGCCUUUUUGGUAACAUCUAGGAAUACAGAUUCCCAUAUUCCAGAUUUCUUCUCCUUAGCUUAGGGUUCUUAUCCCAUUUGCUUCUUAGGAAGUUAGGAGAGGUUUGUUUCUGUGCAGAUGGUCUCAACAAUAAUUUUGCUGGAAGUACAACUUAACAGUAAAAUUUCCCUACAGAACUAAAAAUUCAAAAUUGCAUCAUUCCUGAAAAGAAAAGUUUAGAGUACGAAUUGACUUGUUUAAGAGAGAGGAAUUAGAUUUCUAGCACAUCAAGCACGUUUUAGAAAUUUGAUCCUUUUAUUUAAAAUCAUGUAAAUGACAUUUUGUAUUCCCCACAUUUAAGUCAAUCUGCAGCUGUUACUUAGUAAGCCAAGAAAUGAGAGCCCCCUUUGGUUCUGAAUCCUUCAGAAUAUUUUCAAGUAAUUAAUAGCAAUUGGAUUUUCAUUUAAUCAUUUUUAGGAAAUAACAUACUUUAUUAUGUGGCAUUCUAUGACAAUGACUUGCUUAUCAAUAGCUCAGGAAAUAGGCAAAUAGCCAACUUUUUAAUGUAAGAAAGCUACUUUCCAAUCCCUGUGUUUUUCUGAGUGUUAUAUAUUUCACUUCUUUGGAAAGAGAAGGCCUCAAGCAAAUAAAUGCUUUCCUUUCCUUUUCUUACAUAUUUAGAAAUCCAAGAGGGUCCCUUUUCUUAGUCUAUUUCUGUCACAGAGAAGUUAUUCAUUCCACAAUAUUUGCCUUAAGGGAAGCAGGUGGCCCAGAUAUUGAGAAUGUAGGCAUGCAUGACCUUUGUGUUCGACUUUGAACAUCUAUAGCCAAAAGGUUACAAAUGAGAUAUUGAGUAGAAAACCUAUUAUCAGCUUAUUAUUAGGAAUACCUAAAAUUAUAUCAUGACUCUAAUUAAAUAAUAUAUUGUUUUCUUUAAACUGUUGCAGCAAUCAAUAUGAUGUAGCCACUGGAUACACUAUAGAACUCAGGAAAAAAAGAGAUGAAUCGUCUGCCUGCUCCUCAUGGUUGAUGUGAGUAGGAGGGAGACUUUACCGGAAUGGAAGAGGGAAAAGGUAAAAUGUAGAUUAGGAUUCCACAUUCCCACCUACCCAUUUUUCUUGAUUGCUCAGAGUUUGAAGGCAGUUGUUAACGGACUAAACUUAUUUUAAAAUUUCUCUCAAUAUCUGGGUCACCAGCUUCCCUUAGAAAUGAGUAAACCAAAGCCAGUAGCUAAUUUUCCUCCCAGAAUAAAAAACUAAACAGUGUAGUUUAGGGAAUAUUAGGCCUACAUCGCAAGCACACUUUAAGGAGAUGAUUCGGUGAUUCUGAAGCUUUCUAGGAGCAGCGCACGCCAGGGACCCAUUUUCUCAGUAAACUUUCAUUGAAAAACAAUUACGUACAAUGAAAGAGUCAGAGUUGAAUUAAACCCAUGCUACCCUCUAGGAUUGAGCUUUGUCGUUGGAGAGAAAAAACAAGUGUACAUAUAGCCUGUGCUAAAUCUAGGCAGGCAGUAAGCCCUCCAGGGAUGGAAAGCAGGAAAAGCUCCCCUUUGCUUGGAAUGAUCAAGGGGAGCUUCCUGGGAAUAUUAGCUAAAUAUAAAGGAUGGGGAGAACCUUUGCAGGUAGGGAGAAGGAAGGCAGAACAUUUGGCUGAGAAAUCUGCAGAGUGGAGGAAUGUGUUGAAGGAACAAUGCUGGGUGUGAAAGACUGAAAUCUGAAGGGAAGUGUUGCUAAGUCUGCAUAAGAGUAUCAGAUCUUGUGCAAAGUUGAAUUAGACUUCUUCACCCCUUUCUUACUCUGGGUAGACAUUUGUGCAGCAUUUCCUCAGAGCAUGUAGCCCUCUGUGAUCUCCUACAUACGUGGCUAAUCUGGUGUGUCCCCAAGCAGAAUAAAAAUCACCCAACACAUCAAAGACAUUUUUGCAAGUCACCAGUUGAAAUAAAGCUUCAGUCACUAAAAGCCAAAACUGCACUGGCGAGAUCUCCACUGACAAAGCAGAGUAAAAGAAGAUAGUGAUUAUUUGAGUAACUUUGGCAAAACUCCAGUAUCCGAAUAACUCCCGGUGACUAGAAGAUCACCUAACUACUUGCUAAAGCUUUGCCAAUGGAGGCCACGUCAAGGUUACUUCUUUCACAGUUAUUUUAACCUUUUAAAUUAUCUGACCUGAAAGGGCAAUUCCCGCAGGAUCUAAGAUAGAAUUAUACCUGAAAGUUUAGACUUCAAAAGACAACCUGUGUUAAGCCUCAGACAAUGAAGUUUAAAAUCUUCGGAGCUGCUUUCCCCAAACUUCAAGCCGAUCCUGUGAAGUCCUUUCGUCUCCAUCUCUCCCUUUUGCCCCUUUAUACACCUUUCUAUAAUUUCCUUUUUAUAUCACUCAUUGCAGGCAGUAUUUUACAUCCAUCUUCAAGAAACUUUUAAAAACAUAAUCAUUACAGUAUAUAUACUUCUAGUUGUCUUGCCACUUUGCUUGUUUCAGAUAAUGUCUGUGAUUAGUAACUGGCUAUAUUAUUCAGGCAAAUGAAACGAAGAAAGGGACAACGGUUGACCAUCAUCUGAGUGAUGGAAGAGGAGUUAAGACGUAGAGAUACUGUAGGGGUACAGAAAACACAACUUAGCAGGCGUUGAGAAAGGAAUACUACUUACUAGGGUUUUCAGACUUAGGUGACAGUAUCUGGUAUGUCUUUUCUAGUUUUUCCUAGAGGAGGAAUCUGUACUGCUGCAUUGUCGAAAGUUUUCUGGACUAAAAGGACAUAAGCAGCUCAACGGCAGCUUGGAGGAUUAGAUAAUGGAAUACCACUCUAUACAGGAAACCUACAUCUCCACUAGUUUAGACUGCAAAUCAUUAGCCAAAAACAAAUACAUGUAGGAUUUGGAGGACAAAGACAAAGUGUAAAUACUGCAGUUUACACCGCCAAGAUCAUAGGCUGCCUUCCCAAUUUCUGAUUGAAAAGUACUGGAAAAGGAGCUGUGAACAUUUCAUUUUUAAAACCUGUCGAAAUGGUGCUAUUGACUCCUUAAUACAAAGAUAUAUUACAAUAUUUUUUAGGUAAACAUGUAAGUCUGACCUGGCCAUAAAUGUAAAUAUAGAGAAUGUUUACAGAGAAUUCAUCAAAAUCAUGCCCGUUUGCAUUUGACUGAGCUACCGUUUUGUUCGAUGGCAGUGACUGACAGUCCCUGCUUCCAGCAUAUGGGACACAUCAGAGUCACUGGCUCUGAGCUGCCCAAAGCCUGGGGCAGACAACAUGACAGCCACAGACAACUGGCUUCUUCUUGGACUCAGGUUAGACAACCCAAGUAAAUGAGUAAACAUGCUCAUUUUUUGGUGUUUCCCAGGAACAUAACGGAAGAAUAUGUGACAUGAGGCAAAAUGGAUGUUGGGAGACUGUUGAAAUUGACCUUAGUGAGGGCCAAUGUUGCUUUGUGUAAGUUCAUUCAGAUUUGUCAGAGCAUGCCAAAAGAAGCAUACACCUUACUGCUGGGAAACUUGUAAAGCAAUCUGCAUGUAUGGUAUGAUAAUAAAUCAUCUAAGAGCCCACCAA